AUGGUCGACGACAACGAAGGACCGGUAUUCAGACCGUCGAAACGCAGAAAGGUCUUUCGAAAGAGACGCGAAGAUGAUGAGACCCCUGAAGGCGAUGUAGCGACACAGCCCAGAUCAGCGACGACGGUGGAGAAGAAGCAACAAGAGGCCGAAGCAGAAACACCCUUGAACUAUGUCAGACCGCUGGGCUCCCGAAAAGGUGGUGUGGCCUUCUCAUCAACACGCACAGCCAACGACAGCGGUACCAGCAGCGUCGUCGAUACGAACGCUCCUCCCACGCCACUGAAUGCCGUCGAGCAUGCUCAAGCCCGCUUCGUUGCUCCUACAGGACAUAUCGCUUCGGCAGAUGACAAGCAUAUGAUGGCCUAUGUAGACUCCAAAUUGGCCCGCUUGACUCCAUCACAUGAAGCUCCGACACAGUCAUCAUCUAUACCAGCAGAACCCACACCUAGCUCGAGUGCAACCGCACAGCAGAAUGAGAACCAAUCCUCAGCCUCUCAAGGCCACCUGCACCAAGUCGACGUGACCAAACCCGUCCCAACAACAACCACAACCACCCGUCCUCAGAAACCACCUCGCAAACCGCACUGGCGCAACCGUCGCAACAGUGCAGACAUAGCUCGCGACGCAAUGGUCGACCAAAUCCUCCGCGAAUCCCAACUCAACAUCUACGAAACCCCUUCCUCUACCACACAACCCAAGCCUUCUUCCGACGACACUCAAGACGCCGAUGAACGCAUGGCUGAAGAAUUCAAGAGAAACUUUUAUGCUGCGGCUGAAGAGAGGGCGGUUAGAAGGACUGCUGCACCGCCUCCACCGACUUAUGGCGCCAAUAAGUUGGAGAGUCUCAAGGGGCCCAAGUUGGGUGGAAGUAGGAGCCAGAGGGCUGCUAUGCAUGCCGCGGAAAAGGCGAAGACUGUGAAGAAGUAA